ACAAAGUAUGUUGGAGGAGAGAGACAAGAAGAAGGAUUUGAGAUAUCAGAUUCAGGACUAAAUCAGAUGGAUAAAACACUCUGUGUUGGAGGGGCACAUAUCGCUUAUAGAAUCUGGGAGGUUGCAGGAGAUGAAACAUCCCAGAAUCACAUUCCAAGUGCUUGUAAAGACUCGGUAACAAUGUUAUUCAUGUUUGAUCUAACAAGUCGGUGUACUUUAAACAGUAUCGUCGGAUGGGAUCAAGAAUCAAGGAAAUGGAAUCAAGUACCCAUGCUUCGCUUCACCACCUCAUGGGAUCUUUUUAGGGAAAAUUUCAAUUUAGUAUACAUUAUAAUAAAAUAAUUAUCGAUAAGUGAUAAGUUUUACAAAUGUUAAUAAU